AUGGAAGCGAGGCCUGUUGGAAGUGUGGCCAAAUGGGCCACUGGGCCAGAGACUGUCCUGUUGCAAUGUCGGAGGAAUGGGAUGGUGGACAAGGAGUGGCACGUCCUCCACCUGGCAAUGUAUUAUGAUGUAGGGAUGGUAUUACAAGGCAUGGAUGUGUCCUGUUGUGACACUAAGUUAGCUACAGGCCAGAAGGUGAACUGUGAAAAGGGAGUCAUUCUCCAUCCUUUCCACUGUACAUUUAGCGCCCACAGGACAAUUCAAUUGGCUGAUCAGUUUCCCCUUGUGGUCCAUAAUUUUGUGAUGGACAGUUUUGAGUCUAAAGAAAACCAUCCAGCAUUGGAAGGUGUUCCUAAACAAUUGUGGGCAACACAUAAAUAUGAUGUGGGUCUGAUCAAGGAUGCUACUCCAUUAGUAGUGGUUCCUAAAUCAGAUUACAGGCCUAAUAAGCGACAAUAUCCUCUGAGGCCCGAUGCAGAAGAAGGUAUGACUCCUAUUAUUGAGCAACUCCUGAACGAUAAAAUUAUUGUUCCAGCUCCAACUUCUCCAUGUAAUACCCCACUCCUUCCAAUAAAGAAAGCUGAUGGCAAAUCCUGGCGACCUGUUCAUGAUCUGCGUGCUGUGAAUGAAGCUGUGUUUGCCCGUGCAGCAGUUGUACCCAAUCCAGCUACAAUCUUGUCUUCAGUACCUGGUGAAAGCAGCUCUUCCAUCGCCUCUGAGGGAAGGAGAAACAACCCAUCCUUUCCAGCCAGGAGAUUGGGUUUUGGUGAAGGAUCUGAGGAGACGACAUUGGCAUUCUCCGCGGUGGAGAGGUCCAUACCAGGUCCUGCUGACUACACCAACGGCAGUAAAAGUCAAGGAGAGGACAACUUGGAUCCAUGCGUCCCACUGUAAGAGGGCACCAAUACCGUGAGAUGCCCAAAUUCAAGGUUGUGGGAUUGCUUAUGCUGGUGCAUUUGCUACCAUCUGUUGGAGGCUUAAUGACAUUAAAUGCAACCCUGGAAGAGCACAUUGCAGACUUAGUGGAAACAACGCAGACUCAAGAUGUCUCAUCAGCGGGAAUUCAUGGAAAGGCAAAGAGGCAAACUCUGCUGGAACCAAU